AUGAGUCGAUCAAUGCGAUCGGGCAGUGUUCGCGCGAUGUCUCAGCACCCCGAUUCAGACUCCAUUUCUCCUCCCCGAACUCCCCCGGGACCUUCUAGCUACAAGAUCAAGAAAGACCGACAGCCGCGACCAUCCGUUCGCGAGACUUUCCUCGAUGAUUACAAUGAUAAUGCGAACGAUUGUUAUGACUCUGCCGAUGAGCGGGAUCCUCAUGACUUAUCAUUGUCCCCGCAGCACGCCGCCCGCACCUCAAUUGUUGACAACAUGCUUCUUUCGUUAGAUCAAUUCUCGUCCGGGACCUCGGUGUUGGAUGACUACCGCCUGUUCAAUUCCGCUUUUGAAUCACCGAGGUAUACUCGAGCAUCCCAGGACUCGCGUCGGUAUCGAGGUCAUACCUUUUCGUCCUCCCUCUCUUCAGAUGUGGAUCACGGAUAUGACGACGGUGCUAGUCGGUAUGCAACUCAACACUCGAGGGAACGUCGGAGUAAUAGCAGCUCAAACUAUCGCACCGGUGUAAGAAGGUUCGAGAGCACUAGGAGCCGGGAUUCCCACGGGCAGACAUUUGACUACCGAACUAGUGCCACCGCACCCGGGACUCGCGCGGGAAGGAAAAGUAGCAAGGGAAGCACAUCUUCCAACCUGGAUUUCGUCCCUAUGCUCUCGGGACGUCAAAUUGAGCCAACUUGCGAGAGACGAUCAGCCAGUUUUGAUCUGGGGACAAGGAAACCCUUCAUGGCCUUUCCAGGUUCAUCUUCGGACUAUGAUCCAAUGGCGUAUGACGGUAUGGAUGCCGCACCUACUCCCAGCGUUCCCGCAGGUCCAAGGAAAUACCAGCCGCCGGCCCAAGAAUUUGGCGGGACUCUAAAAACUCAGUCCUCGCGUACGCCAGUAGUAUCGCGAAGGAACAGCGUUAAAUCCUCGCGGACCACUCAGUCCCGGAAACAUCGACCGGAGAAUCUCGGCACGUCAGCAAUGAGACCUCAAGACCAUGAUUUCGCUCUUAUGGCUGGCUCUGACUUCGAGCCUCCGCCCAAUAUAUCAGCAUCUCUCGACCCACCAGCGCCGAGUCCAACGAUCUCAUUCAAUAAACCGACGUUCCCUGCUCCUCCGGAACCUACACCGGUCAAGGAACGUCCCGGAUUCUUUCGUCGUGUUUUCGGAUCCUCCAAGAGUCCUGGUACUGUAUCGUCUGAAGGUAGUGUAUCCGAUUGCCCACCAUCUAAGGAGUCCGAGUUCAAGGACACGAAUGCAGCUAGCCCCGUCGUAAAGCCCCGGAAACAAGUUCAGAAGACCAAUUCGAGCAGUACCCAUGUCCCGCGUGAAGGAGCCCAGGUGGUGAACAAGAAAUCAUCUUUCUUCCGCCGGCGAAAGAAGUCGGUGGCGGAGAGUGUACCUCCAAUCGUCCCUCCCCAGAAUCUGGGCAACAAGGCGACGACAAUAAUGAAACCGGAACCUAGCCCAGUCAGCAGUUUGAGAAAGGUUAUGAAUCCAUAUCUUGCUGAGACCACCCCUAAUAACAGCACCCCUGCAGUGGAUUACUCCACGGAAUCUUCAGAUUGGAGUACUGCAGCCAAUGACCCAGACAAUAAGAAACCUGACAAUUUGCAGAGCCGCAGGGACAGGGGCAACUCUCUAAGCAUUCACAGUGGGCCAAAAGCUAAAUACAGUCUCUACCCUGCGAGCUCGGUCGGUAACGCACAUGAUACAUCUUUUCUCGGGACUAGCAGCGGCGAUGAAGAUCCUCUCGUUAAAACAAGUGAAUCCGAAGCCACACCGCCAGUCCCACCACGCUCCUCUCUUAGAUGUGCGAAGGAUGACCAGUCGGAAAGCAGUGACGCGAAGACUGUGGAGACAAGACAGUUGGCUGAUAUAUCGGCUGACAAACUAACAACAUUAGACAAUCUGCGUCCGACCUCGCUAUCUCCUGUCGCAGAGCGAUCGUCCCUUAAAUCCGGGGUUCCUGCUAUUGAAACCCCGUAUGAUGAAUCAGCUCCAACCCCUACCAAAGAGUUGAAAGAUAGGGACAUGUUUGACGCGACUAUUUGGAACGAUGACUCUGAUACGCCUAGCAAAUUGUCCACACCAAUUGUUGGCAAGGAUUCUCCCCAUGCCUCGGUCUCCGAUAUUUCCAAUUACCAUACCGCAGCCAAUACUCCUAUUGUCCCACAAGGUUCUGAGUGGAAGUCUACUGAAGGCAACGCCGAACCCUCGGAGAAUACAUCCCAAAAAACAGAUGGCGGUGAAGAGAAACAACAAGCGCAGAGGCUGUACGGUGGACGGGAUGAGUUUGUUGGAAAUGAACCAGCUGCUGCUUGGCUUGGUGGCCCAGACCGUGCUAAGGUUAGAGCGGUUUAUAUGGAGCUGUUUGACUGGUCCAACAUGAAUAUCCUCGCAGCGCUUCGCGGUUUGUGCCUCCGCUUAAUGCUGAAGGGGGAGACCCAGCAAGUUGAUCGUGUUUUGGAUGCAUUUUCUACCCGGUGGUGCCAAUGCAAUCCUCGUCACGGUUUCAAGGCGGCAGAUGUCGUUCACACCAUUUGUUAUUCACUACUGCUAUUAAACACCGAUUUGCAUCUUGCGGAUAUCGAACAAAAGAUGACUAAAGCCCAGUUUGUCCGCAAUACGAUGCCUACAAUUCAACGGGUUGCCCUUGAUGCUGCUCCAGAUGAGUUCGGCAGCAAAGCAAGCGCUUCGAAUGUAGACUCAGGCCUUCCGUCUUCUCGAUCUGCAACGUUUCCUACAGACCAGACAGAACCCAACACGGCGGGUACAGAGAAGCCCGAUAAACCCACUAAUACUUCCGGGAAAUUGGUAAACCGUUUGUCCCGCACGGAUUUGGCAGGUAAAAUGGCAAACGAUGCUGAGAACGAGGUUGGCCCGCUCGUCAAUAACCCAUUUUAUGGGACAAUGAAGGCCUGGGAGCAGCAAGUUGAAAUAGUCCUUCGAGAUUUUUACUCCUCGAUUCAUAAACAAAGACUUCCACUCCUCGGUGCUCAACCAGAGAAGGACGUGCCUCGGACAGCGUCGAGUACGAUGCUUGGUCCAAACCCGCAAGGUCUUCGCAGAAGCCCUAGUACUGUCAGCAAAAGUGGCUCCGAUAUCUUUCCGCGGGGCCGUUCUGCUGACUCUCGUUUUGGUACCGCGCGGUGGUCUUCCAAACCUCGUUCACGAGCCAGGUUGUAUCCUCCUUCUACUCUCGGAUCUAGCCGAACAAGUUUAGAUGAUCAAUCGUCCCUGUGGAGUCCGUCUGGGUCCAGUACUUGGAGCAAGUACUCUCUAGGAAAGCUGACAUCGGCGUCCGUUGACUCAUUUGGAUCAGGAUAUCCACAUGCAGACUACCAACAGUCUAUCGGGUUCGCGAAUGCGCUUAGCCAGGCGAUUAUUCGUGAGGACUCUGCCAAUUCGAUUGCUAGCACUGAGGAUCCGGAACGAACUGGUCAGCUUCUUGAAGAUGAGACACUGGAGCUUGCUGGCGCCCCGUGGGCUAAAGAGGGAAGCCUAAAGCACAAGCACCAUUUGGACUCGGUUGAUAAGCGUGCGAAGGAGCGCAAUUGGAAUGAAUGUUUUGCAGUUAUUCAGCAAGGCUGGAUGCGUCUGUUCUCCUUCAAUGCAUCCAAGUCGCUCAGGCAAAAAGCAAAGCAACGCCACCCUGGUGGCGUUGUAGUGGGUGGAGGUAACUGGACAGAGAAUGCUGAAGAGAUAUGGAAGUUCCUCUUACGCCAAUCCAUUGCCAGCGCGCUCCCACCCCCAGGUUACUCAAAGUCUCGGCCACAUGUCUGGGCCUUGAGUCUCCCAACUGGAGCGGUGCACCUUUUCCAAGCGGGCACACCGGAAAUUGUGCGAGAAUUCGUUUCUAGCGCCAAUUACUGGAGCGCGAGACUGUCCAAGGAGCCUCUCAUAGGUGGAAUAAGUAACAUUGAAUAUGGAUGGAGUGACGCCAUUAUCAACUGUGCGUUGAUCAAUUCUGAAUCAAACAGAACGCCACCAUCUUCAUCUGGACCAAGACCUAGCAUACAAAGCUCCAUUAGGAGUUCCAUCGACCAGCAGGUUGUCCGACCCAAGUUACCUGCAGAUCGUGUAAAUAUUAGCGAUUGGAGUCCGCCACAACAAAGUAUGGUGGCGUCUAAUCUUAUAGAAGCAGACCAGUUGAAGUCUUUGCAGACAUACGUCAAAAACGUGGAGGACGAGCUGCAACGACACAACGAACUUCGACCUGCCAUGGUUCUUGCUUUUUCACCACGGCAUCCGAAUGCGGCAAAAGCCAUGGCCAACUGGGAACGCAAGUCAUCUUAUUUGCUACGGGAGAUUGUGAAAUUCCGCACUUAUAUUGAUUCCCUUCAGAACGCAAUUGACGCGAAAAACAAAAUAUUUGCUGGGCGUGAAGAUGAAACCAAACCUUCCGAGUCGUGA